UCGCCACCAAACAACCACCACCAUACCUUGCAGAGCUCUAAUGCACCUCUACACCACCAUCAACAGGCGGCUAGCCUGAACUCUUCCGUUUAUGCAAAUACAUCUACGACCGGGUCGGGAGGGGGUGUUAGUUAUCAACUGCACCACCAAACUGGCGGUGGUGGUUUACCACCCAAUAGCACCAAUAACCAUAUGACAACUAGCUACGACCGCGCACUGCACCAUCACCAUCAGAUGCGUAAUAACGCUAGUGGUACCGGCUCAUCCACAAUAGUUGUGGGAAUGGACGGCGGUGGAGGAGGAGGUGUGUACAAUCGUGUAUCGGCCCUUGCUAGUAGCGAUUCGAAUCUGGCAAACCGCAAAGAACUAUCCAUAUAUGAACGUAUCAACUCAACUAGCAGCUCAAACGAAUCCGUCUGCUCUUCCUCGGGAGGUGUUGGAGGCAGCGGUUCCGUUGGCAAUGCUACCGGAAGUUUACGAUCCACCCACGGUACCUGGUCCGCAGGCAUUGUUGGCGGGCCCAGCAAUGAGUACAUUGGUUUGUCUAGUAACAGCAACAACGCGUCGAAAUACGGCAUUAUAGGAACCAGUGGAAGCAACAGUGGAGGCGGCCAGACCGUGAUUGGUGCUGGCGGUGCAACCGAUGAUUCUAGUCCGAGUUGCUACAGACCCAAAAAACAACAGCGCAUAAAAGAUUACAGUCGACACCAUCAGUUGUCGCAACCCCAUCUUUCGCUUUCCCAGCAACAGCAGCAGCAGCAGUACCUCCAGCAGCAACAGCAACAGCAACAGCCACCUCAUGGGAAACAAUCGUUUGUAAACAGGGAAAAUUUGAGGGUGCGUACGCUGUACGCCUGUUUGGCUGAGAAUGAUGGUGAAUUAUCUUUUGAACCGAAUCAAAUCAUAACAAAUGUUCGAAGAUCGAACGAACCCGGAUGGCUCGAUGGCACAUUGAACGGAAAGUCGGGCUUGAUACCAGAAAAUUAUGUGGAAAUCUUAAAGUAGUUACCCGGCUUCCACAGCCUAUUCCUAAAAGCAGUAAGGCAAAAAGGUGGUCCUACUGUGAUGUAAUUGUUGUGAGGCUGCCGCAGAGAAAUGCUGGUCAUGUUUACGUAUGUAUGAGGGAUGUACUUAAGCCAAAUAGUUAGAAUCGAUGGCGAAAAAGGUCGCAUAGAAAUGCACGCAUUCCCAACACGAUAAACAGUCCAUCUAUACCACUGAAAACAUUCUAAUCUGGAACAAAAAGUAACAACAUCGGGACAUUCGUUUUUUUUUUAAGUCUAUCAUUCCUUCCUCCGUCGUUUAUUAUGCAUGGAUAAUUAUACGAACGCAGGUUGUUAACGUACCAUUAUUGGUGGUAUGAAAAAUAUUUGCAAAAUCUAACAAUCCUACCAGGCUGAAUACUAAAUACUUUCAGCUUAAAAAACGAUUAGAUACUGUUAUAAUUUUGGAAGGCACCGCAAGUUACUCCUCCGAAGUUUUUUAUUUAUCCCUGAUGAAAAACAUUAAACUGAGAGCUGGCUAAAAGGCUGAAAGGUGGUUAAAAGCUGUGUGAAGGUGAAGUGAAAUAGAAAAUGGGAAAAACAACAAAUGGAAACACGAAUACUAACACCAAAAUGAUUGUGAAAUCAAGCGAACACAACCUUUUUAUACAUUGUGUGUUUAAAAUAAUAUAUAAAAUAGUGAAAAGUCUGAAUUGGGAAGAAAAGGCAGUGAAGCUAGCAUAACACACGAAACCUUAUUCAUGUGUAAAUACACGACAAAAACUCGUUUAUUCUUUUUGCAGUGGUUCCAUAGUUCUUCAUUUUGAUUUAACAUAAAAUCCACAUAACUUAAUCUUUUAUAUAGCAAUCAAUUACAUUUCACAAAAAAGAAAGAGAGAAGCGAGCCGAAUGGGCGAUAAUCACAUCAAAUUUGCCUUUUCCUAUCUUGAAAACUAAGUGGAAUUGCUUGGUAUGCAACAAAGAAUGCAACAAUAGAUAUAAAUAUAAAUAGAGCAAAUACUGCAAGCAAAUUUAUUCCCUGUCGCCUUGAACAGCAUCAUCACCACAAAAACAGCUCACAUCAUCAGAUAUACACGAAACUGCACGUAUCUGCCACACCAUUCCACCCAGGACUUACACAGAAUGAAGAGAUCAAUGGUGAGAAGCUAAGCUAACCUGGUAAUAAACCAGCAAACGCCAUUAGAAUGAAAUAUUGGUGAAUGUGAUCGAAAUGUGAAACAAAAUGGUAGGGAAGCACUAAUAAGGGCAAGCGAAACAAGUACACCGACAAAAUAUCUUCUUCAUACAUAUAUCAUAUUUUUGUCGUGAUCUUACUAAGAUGCCAUAAAUUUUGUACAAACAGGAAAAGGUAAAAAUUUGGAGAGUCAAACAUGUUUUAUGAAAUCGUAGAGCGAAACAAACUAUACAUGCGACCGAGAACCGAUGUAAACUAGACUUUCUAAUCAUUUAUUUUAAGCGGAACCUCAGUGUUUCUACUAAAAGGCAAUUUGAGAACGAAAAAUACUGCCCUUUAAACGAGUUGUUGAAGAUUUAAUUUGCUUUAUGAUCCAAAAUGUCCAAGCAUCCGCACAAUCUUAUUUUCGGUUUAUACAUACGAACAAUCGGCAAUAUUGGUUAAUUACAUUCCGAUUACAUUAUGUGCAGCACAUUAAACCUAAUCAGUUUGAUGGCAAUUCUAACAAUCGCAUAAGGUGAAUGCGUCUACCGCAUCACAUUCCACCGCAUCUUUAGUUAUUUAGUUGCCCUUCAUUUCACACAUUUCUGCAUUUUUAAUAACACAAAAGAAGAAAACACAAUCUUUUCGUUGAUGAUGUUGUACAAUUCGUUUAGUGUAUGAUUGAGCAUUUUUUCAUUUUAUUCCGUUGCUAUAGCUGCAAUCGCAACUGAAAAGUAUUGAACUCUUCAUUUUAAUAAGUGAACAACAUUCCUCUUGUGAGCCUGAUAUAAAUAAUUUUAAACAAACCCUGUUUUUAACCAACUAUUGAUCCUCUCGCAACAGAGAGCAGGUGUUUUUCGUUGUUAUUUAAUUUAUACUAUCAGUUUGUUUCGGUAGCAAUCGUUAGUGAAUCCCGUUUAAUUAAGCGAUGGAAUUGGUAUGUGUACAUACAAUGAUGCUGAUGCCUAGAAGACGUUAUUAGAGUUUAUUAUUAUUAUCAUUAUACAGAUUUUUUUUUGUUAUUAUAGUGCAAAUAGCUAUUUAAGCAAUGACACGAUACCAACUGAUCAUGGGGCGAAGCUUGUAACAAAAUGGGUAUGACGGUUAGCAUUAAAAAUAAAUAAAAUCGAUCAAAUAUGAUUGCAA